AUGUCACUUCCUGAAGAUCCAAGACUUACUCAUCCUCAAAAAUACGUUGGUUUCGACACCAUUACCACACAAAUUGAAAACCGAUUAUUAAAAAGAGGUUUCCAAUUUAAUAUUAUGGUUGUUGGUCGUUCAGGUUUGGGUAAAAGUACAUUGAUUAAUACAUUAUUUGCCUCGAAAUUAACCACUUCCAAUGGUCGUAAAAUACCUGUUGAUCCAAUUGAGAAAACCACUGAGAUCAAAGUAUCUCAACAUACUUUGCUUGAAAACAAUGUUCGAUUAAAUAUAAAUGUUAUUGAUACACCUGGAUUUGGUGAUCAAAUAAAUAAUGAAAAAUGUUGGGAUCCUUUGGUGAAAUAUGUCAAAGAACAACAUUCACAAUAUUUAAGAAAAGAAUUAACGGCCCAAAGGGAUAAAUUCUUACCUGAUACUAGAGUUCAUUGUAUUUUGUAUUUUAUUCAACCAAAUGGUCAAAAAUUGAAAAAUUUAGAUAUUCAAGCAUUGAAGAAAUUAUGUGAUAUUGCCAAUGUUGUACCAGUGAUUGCAAAAUCUGACUCAUUGACUUUGGAAGAACGUGCUGAUUUUAAAAAAUUACUUCAACUGGAAUUUCUUAAAUAUGGAUUCAACAUUUACCCCUAUGAUUCAGAAGAAUUGUAUGAAGAGGAACGUCAAUUGAAUGAAGACAUUAAAUCCUUGAUUCCAUUCGCUAUAGCUGGUUCUGAACGUGAAAUUCAAAUUAAUGGGGAAGUUGUUCGUGGUAGACAAACUAAAUGGGGUGCUAUAAAUAUUGAAGAUGUAAGUCAAUGUGAUUUUGUGUUUUUGAGAGAUUUCUUGACCAGAACUCAUUUACAAGAUUUAAUUGAAACGACAAAUUUGACUCAUUAUGAAACUUUUAGGUCUAAACAAUUGAUUGCAUUGAAAGAAAAUGCUAAUAAUCCAAAUAGGCAAUCUCAAGUACAAACUAGUCAACAAAGUGUUCACUAA